AUGGCGACCAACUCCCUCCAGCUCGGGGACUACCUCGAGAAGCUCCCCGGCACCACAUUCCGCAAGCUCUAUCAGCAGCCGUCGACGGCCUUUGCGAUAUUCCGGCGGAUGCUGCCCCAUCUUGCCAAAACUAUCGUAAUGGCCCUCCUUUAUAUGCCGAAACCGAUGCUCUACUCUGAUCUAGACAUCUGGGUCAAGCCCGAGUCUGAACGCGCCAAACGCCACUCCCUCUCCGUCCUCCGCAGCCUCCACAUAAUCAUGAUAUCCGUCCCCGGCAAAGGCAACAAAAAGCAAGAAAUUCAACUCACAGCCAACUUCAAAAACUCCUUCCGCCUCGCCCUCGACGGCGGCGGCGACCACAACUCCUUCGGCGUCCUCUCCACCCUCCCCAUCCCCCCCGAAGUCGACCUCCCCUUCCUCGAGCGCUACGCCCGCAAGAAGUGGGACGACAUACUCCACUUCGUCGUCAACAGCGUCGGGAACCGCGCGGGUGCCGAAUCGUCCAGCGGGCCUAAGCUGUCCGUCAAGGAGCUCCUGUUAGCGGGGCGGUUGGUCGAGAGGAGGACGGGGGGGCAUAUGGGGGGGGCUGCGGGGGUUGGCAUUACGCAGGCCGGCUUUACGUUCCUCCUCCAGGAGGCCAAUGCGCAGGUGUGGACGAUGCUGCUUCUUUGGCUGGAGGCGGCUGAUCGCUCGGGGGCCGGCCAGAGCGUCGACAUGCUCUCGUUCCUCUUCGUCCUCGCUAGUCUCGAGCUAGGUCGCGCAUACGAUACGAACGCCCUCACGGAAGAACGCCGAAACAUGCUGCCCUUCCUCGUUGACAUCGGCCUCAUCUUCAUCCCCUCCCACAAACCCCAACAAUACUUCCCCACCCGCCUAGCUACGACCCUCACCUCCUCAUCCUCCUCCCUCCGCACCGUCUCCGAGGGAUUCGCCGCCGUCACCUCCCUCACACCCACAACCACCGGCACCCCAACCACAACCGAUACCUCAGCCGUCACCGCUCCCUCAACCACCUCCCAAAAGGGCAGCAUCAUCGUCGAGACCAACUACCGCAUAUACGCCUACACCUCCAACCCUCUCCAAAUCGCCGUCCUCGCCCUCUUCGCCAACCUCAAGAUGCGUUUCCACGAGAUGGUCUCGGGCCGCCUAUCCCGCGAAUCCAUCCGCCGCGCCAUCUCCUACGGCAUCACCGCCGACCAGAUCAUAAACUACCUCGCCGCCCACGCCCACGAGCAGAUGCGUCGGAAGGCCCUCGCCAACAACAAGCCCGUCCUGCCGCCCACCGUCGUCGAUCAGAUACGGCUCUGGCAGCUCGAGAACGAGCGCAUGAAGACUACGUCCGGGUUCUUGUUUAAGGACUUUGACGAUAUGAAGGAGUACGAGGCUUGUGCUUCUUACGCGACGGAGAUUGGGGUUUGUGUUUGGAGGAGUGAUAAAAGGGCUAUGUUUUUUGCUAGUAAGCAUGAGCAGAUUCGCGACUUUCUCAAGUUGAGGAAGAGGGCCGAUUGA